AUGUCCGGAGUAUGGGGCUGGUUUGGGGGGUCGAGUACCCAAAAGAAGAAAGAUUCGCCGAAGAAUGCGAUUCUCCAGUUAAGAUCGCAGCUUGAGAUGCUGCAAAAGAGGGAGAAGCAUUUGCAGAACCAGAUGGAUGAGCAAGAUGCAAUAGCCAGGAAAAAUGUGAGCACGAAUAAGAAUGCUGCCAAAGCCGCGUUGCGACGCAAGAAGCAGCAUGAACAUACGCUGGAGCAAACAUCUGCCCAAAUAUCAACGUUAGAACAACAAAUAUAUUCGAUCGAAGCAGCGAACAUCAACAGAGAGACUCUUUUGGCUAUGGAGAACGCAGGUAAAGCGAUGGCUAGCAUACACGGCAAACUUAACAUCGAUAAGGUCGAUGAGACGAUGGAGAAACUUCGAGAACAACAUGCACUGGGCGAAGAGAUUGCGACUGCUAUUACCAGCGCACCUAUUGGCGAACCUAUUGACGAGGCAGAUUUGGAAGACGAGAUGGCCGCGCUUGAGCAGGAGCAGCUUGAUAACCAGAUGUUGAGCCCCUCUGUGCCUAUUUCGGAUGAGGUUCACAAGUUACCAACAGUGGCAAAUGGAGAGAUCAAACAGAAGCAGCCCGCCCACACAGUAGAAGAAGACGAAGAGGAAGAGUUCCGGAAGCUACAAGCUGAGAUGGCCCUGUGA